UGGUUAAAAAGAAUUGAACUUCGAAACAAAGAGUAGCGCGAGAAAAAAAUAAAUAAAUCUAGUUCCUUGAACAAACAACAAAAAGUUUCUCCCAUUUUCCCAGGGUGAUUAGCAACGUCUUCAUCAACGAUGAUUGUCAGAAGGAUUUGUCAUAGACGGGCAUGGAGCUCCACCCCACGAUUUCUCUACCUGUAUACUACUGCUCAAUCUCCAACUCCGUCUCCAUUAACGUCCCGCAAACUUCCUUUCAUUGGUUAUCCGAAUAACUCUAUCAACAUCAAGAUUGAGUGUAGGAAAGUGGGUUUGUGUUUGUUUUCGAGUCAAGCUUCGGUUGAUGUGGGAACGAGUGCUGGAAUUGUUGAUGUGCCUUUGGCUCAAACUGGUGAAGGUAUUGCUGAAUGUGAACUUCUCAAGUGGUUUGUGAAAGAGGGGGAUCAAGUUGAAGAAUUUCAACCACUGUGUGAAGUGCAGAGUGACAAAGCGACUAUUGAGAUAACGAGUCGUUAUAAGGGGAAAGUUGCUCAAUUUCUCUAUGUUCCUGGAGAUAUUUUAAAGGUUGGAGAGUCUCUUCUUAAAAUGGUUGUUCAAGGAGCUCAAGUUCCAACGCAGAAACAAGAUGUUUCUGAAAAUUUUGUUUCUCAUUAUUCUGAGGUGAAUAAAUGUAAAACUGGCGGAGUCCUGUCAACACCAGCUGUGCGACACCUUGGAAAGCAAUAUGAUAUAAAUCUAAAUGAUGUCCGUGGAGCUGGUAAAGAUGGGAGAGUAUUAAAAGAAGACAUACUGAGACAUGCUAUUCUGAAAGGAAUCAUUAAAGAUUCAAUUGGCAUUGAGAAUGCUGAUUCCAGAGACCAAUUUUUGAAAGGUGAAGAGGACCACUCAUAUGUGCCAGUUGAAUUAGGAUCACAACAUGGUGAUAAGACAGUUCCCCUAAGGGGAUUCCAACGUGCGAUGGUGAAAACAAUGUCUAUGGCUGCAAAAGUUCCACAUUUUCAUUAUGUAGAAGAGAUAAAUUGUGAUGCAUUGGUGGAGCUUAAAGAAAGUUUCCAAAACAGUAACACUGAACCAGGUGUGAAGCAUACAUUCCUUCCAUCUUUGAUAAAGUCACUUUCAGUGGCCAUCAGCAAAUAUCCGUGGAUUAAUAGCUGCUUUAAUGAGGACUCAAUGGAGGUCGUCCUGAAAGGUUCCCACAAUAUUGGAAUUGCCAUGGCUACUCCAUCUGGUUUAGUUGUACCCAACAUAAAGAAUGUCCAGUCUCUUUCCAUCUUGGAGAUAACGAAGGAGCUUUCACGGUUGCAACAAUUGGCCUUGGCUAAUAAGCUCAACCCAGAGGACAUAACUGGUGGAACAAUAACACUAAGCAACAUUGGAGCAAUUGGUGGGAAGUUUGGUGCUCCCAUCCUGAACUUGCCUGGAGUGGCCAUUAUUGCAAUUGGCCGAAUUCAGAAGGUGCUUUGUUUUGCAGAUGAUGGAAAUGCAUAUCCUGCAUCAGUUAUGACGAUAAACAGUGUUUCAGUUACUUCAUGCUCAUUCUUUUUUAUAUGUUUAAGAGUAAUCCUAAGAGCUAACACCAUCUUCCAAAUGACCUUGGGAUAUACACCAUUAUAUUUAUAUGCUCAUUAUUUUGGAAAUAAACUACUGUAACUAGGCACAUCAUUCUUGAGAAAAAGUAAACCACGGUCCAUUGUAUAGGAAAAUCUUAUUACAAAAUCAGCAUGCAAUUUCAAACAAUUAGAGUACUCUUGUGAC